AAAAGUUUUCAAGUCCGCGUUGUUUCUCUCUCCUCUCUCAAACACACGCACUCUCUCUCGCUUUCUCUCUCUUUCGCAAUCCAAACCAAAUCUCGUCACACAAAUUUUUUUUCACUCUCUAAACCCUAGUUUCAUCCCUAAUUUUCAUCUCCAAAUCUUUCCUUAAAAUCGUUAAAUCUCAAUAUUUGCUCGAAUUUCAAGCAGAAUUUGAAUUUUCGAAUCGGAGUUUCGCCCUUGACCGAACGUGAUCGGUUUCGAAUUGACUUUUUUUUUGGCGAGCUUAUUUGAUUCAAUCUUUUUUUACUUGGGAUUCGCAGAAUUUUUAUCCGAGUAAGUUUCGUAUUUUUUGGUGGUGUUGGAGCUUCUCGGAGUUUAGCUUUUGGAAGAGAUUCGUUGAAUUUUAUUGGUCUCGCAGCUUGUUUGAAGUGAAUUUUGGUUGAAAAUUGAGAAAUGUUUGGUGAAAUAAUUUGCUUUCCAUCCUUAGAAUAGGAGGCGUUGGAUAGAAAAGUGAAAGCACUAUGGCUUUUGGACGGAGAGAAGGAAAAGUAUGACAGUGGUGACAAGUAGCUGGUUUGAAGUAAAAAGUAUAUUUCUCAACAAUUUGGUACCUUGAUUCUGUUUCUUCUAUUGGACCAAAGGGUUUUCAUAGCAUUUAGUCAAGAUUGAAUUUUGAAGGAGCUGUCAUGGACUAUGCGCUUUCUGAUAGCAGUGGAACAGAUGAUGACCUUCCUCCUUCACAUCAGAAUAGGUUUCAAAGAGGGGGUCGCACUGCUGCUGGGAAUGGAAGAUCAGCAGUUGCAGGUUCCACUCCUUUGCCUCGAAUGCAUGGCGACAUGGAAACUCAAAUCCAUCUCAUUGAGCAGGAAGCAUACUGUUCCGUCUUACGGGCCUUUAAAGCUCAGUCAGAUGCUUUAACUUGGGAGAAGGAAAGUUUAAUUACUGAACUCAGAAAGGAGUUGAGAGUAUCAGAUGAGGAACAUAGGGAGCUUCUAUUGAGGGUUAAUGCAGAUGACAUCAUCCGUAGGAUAAGGGAGUGGAGAACUAUGAGUGGGCUCCAGCCUGGAAUGCUCAGUACCAGUCAACCUCUUCAUGACCCUUUACCUAGUCCAAGUGUAUCAGGAUCACGGAAGAAGCAAAAAACAUCACAAUCUGUAGCUUCAUUAUCUAUGGGUGCACCAUCUCCUGCAUUACAUCCAUCUAUGCAACCAUCUUCAUCGGCCUUGAGACGGGGUCCUCCCCCAGGAGCAAAGAGCAAGAAGUCAAAAUCAUCGACGCAGUACCCUUCCACAGGUCCUCCUGGAAGGCCGCAGCCUCCUAAUCGUACUUCUUCAGGGGCCUUUGCAAUAAAUGAACCUGCUGAAGCAGCACCAUAUGAUCCAUUAAUUGGAAGGAAAGUUUGGACCAGGUGGCCCGAAGAUAACCAUUUCUAUGAGGCUGUUAUAACCGACUAUAACGCAGCUGAGGGGCGGCAUGCUUUGGUUUAUGAUAUUAAUACGGCAGAUGAAACCUGGGAAUGGGUCAAUCUCAAAGAGAUAUCUCCUGAAGACAUUAAAUGGGAAGGUGAAGAUCCUGGAAUAUCCCGUAGAGGUGGUCGCCCAGGACAAGGCCAUGGGGUUAAGAAGUCCAUGUCUCGUGGUGGCGGGGUUGCCGGAGCAGGAAGAGGUAGGGGGAGUCUAAAGGGUCAGGCCAAAAAGGAUUUUCCUUCGAAGCAAAAUGGUGUUGGAAAAAAGGUUUUGGGUGAUAUUGAGAUACUUCAUACAGAUACUCUAAUUAAGGAGGUGGAAAAAGUUUUUGGCGCUAGCCAUCCUGAUCCCAUAGAGAUUGAGAAAGCAAAGAAAGUGCUGAAAGAACAUGAACAAUCCCUAGUUGAUGCAAUUGCGAGGCUUGAAGAGGCAUCUGAUGAUGAAAGCGAUGGGGAGCAUCGAUUCUCACAAGGUCAAUCAAUGGAUCAAGAAAGAGCAUGGAGAAAACGGCAAUAUGAUGAAAUGGGUGAAGGUAGGAUGAUUGAAGGGUCCGAUGGCAAUAAAUGACUCGGCCGAUGAGAGAUAGUCAGCAAAGCAAGAAUUGGGAGGGGUUAACGACUUGUGAUUUUAGCCGCAGCUUUUGUAUAUCCAGUAGCAGUAGCAACAACAACAGCAGUAGCAGCGUUGUCCACUUCGAGUGCUUGUAUCUUGUUUUAUCCUUUUGACCUUCUACCAAGCUAAGGUAAAUGACCUAUCUUUUUAGUUUAUCCGGUUCAUCGGAUUUAGUUUUAUUGUAACUUUAAUUUAAAACUCUAAUCUAGGGAAAUGCUUGUAUUAUGAAUCUUUUAGAUGCUUAGCUCACAUAUGCCCGACCGUUUUAGAAGUUUUAUAAGGUAUCCAUUUUGUUUGCUUUGUACUUUCUCCUUAUUUAUUCUGGUUUGCAACCAAGUGAAGUAGGAUCCAUUAUUUUCGGUUUGACCCGACAGCACCGAGACAAUUGGUCUAAUUUUCUCGAAAUUACAUAUAUAUAUAUAUAUGUAUGUGUGUGUGUAAAAAUCAGCAUAAGCUGUUUUGUGCUCGUAUAUCUAUCCCGAAUUCCCAUUGCAGAAGAGUUUCGGUUAAUGUUAGUUUCAAGAAUUUUUCGAGUCCUCAACAUUUGGUCUGGGAAUUUUUAUGCUCUUGGCUAAACUCUGAUUGUGUGACAGACAGAGCCUCUACAAAUGUACAUUCAAAGAUGAAAUGAAAGCUAUCUUUUUAGUUUGGAAA